UCCACACAUGGGGUCUUUCCUCCUCUGCCUUACCACCUCCACCACAGAGAGCACUUACGGCUCUCCCUCCCUCCCUCCCUCCCUCACCCUCUCACCUCUCCCUCCCUCCUACCACAGCCUCAUCCUCCUCCUCCUCCUCCUCCUCCACCGCACCAGCCAACCACUACCUCCUCCGCCGCCGCCCUGCUGCUGCUGUUCCUGCUUCCUAGAGCCGAAAACCCCCGCCGCCGCUUCCUUCUUCUACCCAGCCGCCGACAUCGGCAACAACGCCGCCAUGUUACCGGGACCCCCGCGUGUGGAAAGCAAGCAAGCAAGCAAGCAAGCCCUGGCGUCGACGAACUCGCCUCCUCCUCCUCCUCCUCCUCCUUCUUCUCCUUCGUCCCGAUCCGCGUGAGUGCAUGGGGCCCUGCAGCAGAUAGUAGCUCUUCGCCAGCAUCAGCAGCGCCGUUUUGGGGGGGCCCGCAGCAUCAGCAUCAGCAGCAGCUAGCUUCGCCGACAUCAUCAGCAUCACGUCAACCGACGACGACGGCGACGCCUCGGAGGAUCAAGAGAAAUGGGGACGACGUCUUCUUCGCCAAGUGAUGGAAAGCAAUAUGAGCUCCUAACAAGAUGCUUAGAAGAUUCUCCAGUAAAAUAGGCUACUUUAAUUAAAUGCAUCCCAGAUGUUAUCUAUUCAAAACUAUCUGAUCUCUAAUGAAUUAGAAAAAUAUGGAAAUAAAAAAAAAAAUUGCGAGCUAUCACGCAAAACAAGCAAAUAGAGAGCAUGGCUCCAGUAAGCUGUCUUCAACGGUCUGAAUAUGAUGCUGCAACCACUAUUUUCAAUUGAUAUGUUAUGUUUAUUUAAAAAUGUAGCCUUCAAGCUCCUUCCUCAGAGUAUAUCAUAUGAAAAUAGAAAUUUUGGCUGUUUUUGUUUACAUGACACUGUACCGUAAUUCCUCGAAAUAAAGCUGAAGGAAUUUGAAAAGUUAUCGGAACAUAAACAAUCCAUUUUUCUAGAAAUUAAAGGUAGAUGUAUUUGUAAUGUCUUUUUAGAAUAGUAAAAAAAAAAAACAGUAAAAGUAACUAAUCCCAGUCCAGAUUAACCUCUACAAAACGAAUUACUUAGAUAGGGCUAGAGCCACUUAGCUAGGAACUGAUAAUCUAAAUGACUAAACAAAACAAUAGCUGUUAAAUACUACAUACGAUGUAAUCUAUAUAUGUACACUUCACUGUUAUAUCGAAGUUACAGCUGAAUCAGAGCAAUAACACACUGUACAAAGUACUUUAGAUUUCUAUUGUUUUAAAUUAUGUAAAAUUCAAGUUUAUCAAACGACAUUAGGAAUUCAUUUCAGGAUGCCAACUAUGGUAUUCAAAAUUAUCUUGACUUAAUAUUAAUUAUUAUUCCAAGUUGUAUUACAAAGAACAUACUUUUCACUUUACUAAAAUGUACGCCAUGUUACCUUUAAAUACACUUAUUAUACAUUCCACUGUAUGUACAUACACUUUGUUAUACAUAUCGAAGAAGUAACAUUCCAGUCAUUUCUUUAGCAUUCCACUGUAUUUAUAAGCAUUCCUUGAAGUAAUGUCGUUCCCUGUUAAUAUUAAUAUUUUUUCCUACAUACUUAUGACAUUGCAAUUUAGUUAUAAGGAAUACUUUAUAGAUUAAGGUAACAUUUGUAUAUAGCAUUUUGCUUUAAGCUUGU